AUGAUUACGCUACGACGUAUCAGUCGAAGUUUCGGAUACUGUUUGAAUGCUCGCAGCUACAGUACACCAACGAGUGCAGCCACGGCCAAAGUAAUUGCCCCGGAUGGAAACGGUGAUCGUAAUAAGGUGCAACCGAACCUUACCCGUAACACAACCGGUGUCAGUGGUACCCCAGCAGGUUUAAAAAAUCCUAUCGUAGCGGCUGCAUUUGCUUCCUUGCGCAAUGAUGAGCCCGGCAAGGAAGACAGUACCACCACCAGAGCAACAUCCGGCGAUGCAAAGCAAGACAUUCAGGUCGAUGAGAUGAUCCUUAAGGCAAACACGGUUUCAGAGCUAUUAGCCGUGGCGGAUAUGACGAAGAUGAAUCGGAAACAGGCGUUAAAAAUAGUUUCCAUUUUGGCGGAAUGGAGUUCGAUAAAGAAAGCCACUCUGUCGGACUUUGAAAGUGAUUCACGUUUCGUGGAACUGUGCAGCAUGCUCGGACGAUCAGGCGGGCAACGUACGAACGGCGGUAACCGUACAGCUCCGUCGAAGAUGAUCGAGUUACAGGGUGACGAUCUGCAAACUGUGCUCGGUAUAACGGCCAACGAUGAAGCGGCUAAACUUAUUGCCGGUCUCACGUUACCUCAAAUGAUCAAAGUUAUGUCCUCGCUAUCGAUGAAGAAAAAGCGAAGCAUCCCACUGCUUCGUUCAUUAUCGUUCAACAUUGCAAGCAAUCCGGGACACCUGAAUCUGAAGGAAUGUGGCGAUCUGUUGUAUGCGAUGGCAUGUCUAAACUAUCGAGACGUCGUCCUGGCCGGUCGCAUAUGUGCCGAUUUGGACCGAGAACUGUCAAAGAAUACGGACAAAAUAGCACCGAUCGUGUCGGUGUUGACAAGCUUGGGAAUGUUGCGAUAUCGCGAUGGAACCGUGGUGGAUAAUCUGUGUAGCUGGAUCGCAUCGCACCACGAGCUGUGCAAACCAACGCAGCUAGGUUCGCUAUUGCUUUCGUUGGCCACGCUUAACUACGAGCCGAUCAGUAUGGACACGAUAAAGGCGAAGCUGAUAGCAAAUGUAUCCGAGAAUGACUAUAUCCGACCGGCCGAUUGGUUGAACACGGUGUGGUCACUAACCGUUCUGAACUGUGUGAAUGGUCAUCAAUUAUCGUCCGUGCUGAAUGCGGACUUUUUUCACAAGCUACAGGAAGCGAGACGCGGAAAUUUACAGCCCUCGAUGAAAAUAAAGCUACUUAAUUUAGCCGCCGUUGCCAAACGGGUACCCGGAGCGCACGAGUCACUGCUUGAUUCCCACAGGACGGAGCUGUUUGUUCCGUUUGAACCAUCGAAGGAUAAGCGAGUUCUGGUGACGGGUAUGCUGGAUGCGCUGAAGAGUUUAAUACCCUCGGAGAGCAUGGUCAAAAUUAGUCAAACAACGACCAUGGGAUUUACUAUUGAUGCUGAAUGCGUUUUAGAUAAAAAAUGCUUACCCUUACCCGUGGACAAGGAACACGAACAUGGAACGAGGAUUGCGCUGCUGGUGCACGACUACCACGACAUGUGUCAGGGGCCGCACGUUUCACUGAACGGCAUACAGGCACUGAACAUGCGAUUACUGGAGCAGGCAGGCUACACCGUACUGUCGAUACCGUACAACGAGUUCAGCACCAGUGAUAAGCUUCUGAAGCGUGUAGAGUAUUUGCAGAAAAAGUUCAAGUCAAUCGUUACCAACAAACAGCAGUAGUACA